UUUGUCGGUGUUCUUGGAGACGCUGGGCAUUUCCGGUUGUCAGAAAGGUUGAAGUGAUGAAAAGUCCUCUCUAAUCACCCUAACAUUCCUUGGGUAACCUGGAUUUCUUCCUGGAUUAGUUGCAAGACCCUACAAAAGGCCGUGACAAUGUCUGCCCGAAGUCUGGAGAAGCUGGGGAUCCCCAGCCUGCCCCAGCCCAAACUCAGGAAGAGGAGAGGCAUGUAUGCUAUGGACAAGGACACCAUCAACAAGGAGGAAAUAGAACAGCAGGUGACAGACAUCAAGGUGCCACUGACUCUGUUUGCUCCAUUUCACCAUGAGGAUGAGCCACAGACAGAGGACCUGGAAAUUGAGAGGCCUGUGACUCCCAUUGAUGAGAGUAUCAAGGCCCCACCUGCGACGUUUGGUGUGCUCGCUAAGCUGGUGAGAAGGAGGAUCUGUGUGAGGACAGACAUGAGGCACAUCUCCACUGAGGACCAACAGAGCCUGGGUGGGAUCAUCAUGGGGGAGCUGAAUUCCAUUUGGCCUGAUAUCAGAAGACAAGUAGAUGAUCCAUUUCUGUCUGCAGAGCAGAACAAGGAGCUGCAGAGAAGGAUAACUGUGCACAUCGUCACCGUGUGUGAACAACUGUUCCUCCACUAUCUGCAGAAGGCAGAAGUUUUAAACAGGAGAGGAAUCUUCAGUGGUCCAGCCAACAUGAGCCGUCUGAGAACUCAACUAGGGAUCGAUGCUAACAAAUAUUUGAACAUCCUAGCCAUCCGGCGCUACAUAGUGGGAGACAUGAGGAAGAAGCCAGAUGAUGCGGAGGCUGAUGUGAGUGACACUGGGUACGAUUAUUCCUCCCGGGCUCCCACAACAACUAUCUCCCCUUCCAUGAUGGAGAAGAAGAAGAAGAAACAGGGAUUACAGCCAUUAUCCUAUCAACAAAUGCUGGAACUGAGCAGACCACAAUCAAGGAGGAAAGUGAAAACUAAUACUGAGAGGGAAAUCAGAGAUAUGUAUAAUCAGAUGCCAGUGAUAGACACUGAAGUCCUGGAGGAUCUCAUGCCCCGCCCACCGUCUGAGUACGAAGAGGGAUAUGAAGUACCAGAUAUCAUGUCUGUGCACAGUCGAAGUCAGAUGACUCUGGCAAGUGAGAGAAGCAGCCAGAUGGACAUUGGAAAGAGACUUGCAACUGCAGAUGAGACCUUCAGACUACAGAAGUCCCAGUCCAUGCCAGAACUCGAUGCUGGGGAAAACCUGCUGGAGGAGUUGAGUAUUCACCUGGACGACAAGGCCACAGCUGUCACCAUCGACUUUCAGCAGGAGAGACGGGCUGCAACACCAGAGGAACCAUUAGUCUCAAGACCUAUCCCAAGGAAGCCAACCAAAGAAGAUGAGGAACGAAAAAAACUGGACAGCAGACAGUACCUGGCAGAUGACUUACAGAAGCUGGUGGCUGCCAGAGCUCCUCAGGAACCUGUCGAGGGGGACCAGGAUGAGGAGGACCUGCCUCCGCUGCUACAGGCCACGACCACAGGUGAGGAGUCUGAGGAGAAACAGCAGGCGCUGCAGGCCCGGCUGCAGGAGCUGCAGGAGAAGGAGGCCAGGGAGCUGCAGGAAGAAAAUAUUCCCCUGGCACAACCUACACACCCCCAGCCUGCAGUGGUAUCUACCAAGAUGUCAAAGAAGAUGGUGGUGAGGACCAGUGAUGUAAGGGUCAGUGAACGGGUCAGCCUGUCAGCCCUCACCAUCCAGCGGUCAGCGACUCUUUACAAUGACCUUCAGGGGGACAUUACCCCCUCGGACAUCAAACACUUGGACAGGAACCUGUUUCUGCACAAGGAGAUCAACGAUGUGUACCAGGAGAUCAUGAGGACUGUGCCCACAGACCACGUGUUGUUCGAUCAGGAUGACAUUGUUGAGAAGCAUUCUACCAACGUAGACGUGUCCAAAGCUGUGGCGUCGUCAACACUGUCCAAGCGUAAGAAGGACCGUAUCAUCAACCCCAGCCUGCAGGUGGGGAAGAGGGCCCCCUGGGGUGAGGGAGACAUGAGAGACUGGGCCAAGAGUCCUGUUAUACAGGCACCCGGCACAGCUGCAAAGCCAGGACCUGUCAUGGACAAGGACAUGGAGACGAUUUUUGCCAGCCUGCCGCCCUCCCAGCACACCAGUGACCAGAAGUCAUCCCGGGCGUAUGCCUCCUGGUUGGCCUGGUGGAAAUCUACCAUCAACACCGACGACUAUCUCAAGUACCUCUCCACACAAGAGUCAGACUUCAUGGGCGUGGUGUUCCACUUCUACGACAGCGAGGAUAGCGAGGAUGAGGAGGAAACAGAGCAGGGGAAACGUCUGACCAGCAAGAGGCAGCAGCAGGCGCUUGAAAAGGAACAGAAGAUCGAGGAACUGCGUCAGAAGAAGACAGAGUUUGUCUCUGGCAUGUGGAAUGUCAACAGCAUCCUGCUAGGUGGGCUGGGGAGGGACCCAUCAGUAGAAGAUGAUGAAGGAUACCCGUCCAGUUUAGAGGAGACCCCGCGGGCAGACAGGCUGCAGGCUUCCCCGUCAGGCCUGUCCCCUGGAAGGUCCUCCUCCCACCCGGCUUCUGCUCGCUCCCCGUCGUCACUGGGGGUUCCUUCACAGAAAGGCUCUGGGUCCAGGACAACUACAGCAGGAACUAGUAAGAAGUCAGGGGAGGGAGAGGCCAAGGAGACAGAGAAGCCAGUAGAUCUGACUGCCCAGGAGAGGCUGGAGAAGGUGUGGUCAGACCUACAGAUGCCGGACGGACAGAAACUGGACAUGGCCAUCAAGUACAGCUCAGAUGCUUACAUCAGCAAACUUCCCGAGUCCAUCAAGGCAUGGGAGAAGGCCACAUGUCUGAUCUUGAAACGAGAGGCAGCGCUGUCCCAACUGGAAAGAUUUGAACGACAGGCCUCUGAUCCCAACAGGUUUUUUGAAAGAGGGUACAGAGGGUCCUCUGUGGCCAGAAUGGAAGAGUCCAAGCAACGGACAGAGCUUCUGAGGCGUCUUGAUGUUCUGGACAAGAAGGCUGGUGAUGCUGUAAAGAAAGUUGCCAAAAAUUUCCAGGAUAGCAUUUCAUUUCAGGGCCGCCCAUAUAUGGACAAGAUGAAGUGGGACCGGACAGAGAUGUUGUACUGGCUGCAGCAGGAGAGGAGGGAGCAGGCUCUAGAGAUAGGCAUGAUGACUCAGGUACCGGUCAAGGUGGCCGAACUGGCUCCCAUAUCACUGUCCAGGCCUGUGCUGUAAGACUCACCACUUUUGAUACCAGCUGAAGUCAUUCUAGUUGUGGAUUCCUGUGUUAGCUUGUGAAAGCAGCUUGUUACAGUGCCUAAACCUUACAGAAAUCUGGUGAAAAAGUACCUGUGGCUGUGAUACAGCUUUGCCCAUACAUGUACAAUAUAAUCCCGUCCAAAAGGGCACAGAUGUACUGUUUAGUCCAAGUAGAUUGUGCCAAAAUUGUUAAAGCCAUUUCACGACUUACAAGACUGCAUUUUCUGCAGUCUGAAAUGGUUUGCUGCACUACUGGUAUUUAUUGUAGGGUGACGACGUGUGGCCAUGUGUGAAAUCACUGCUUGUGUACUGCCUUUCCACAAGUUUAUUUGAUAAAAAUGUUUUGAGAAUAGCUUAAACUUUGAAAUCUAUCCAAAGAUUUCCCAUGUGAGGAAAGGCCACAAAAAAGAAAAAUCUUCAAACUCAUAUGUAUGAUGUACACUGGUCUAUGCAAUACUGUUGAUUUGCACAAUCUUGUCAUUCUUGUAAACAAAGGUACCUUUUGAACACAUUGAA